CGAAGAUACUUCAUGCCAUCAUGAGAGAUCACUGUCUUGGUAACUUGGGUCAAUGAUAUGCCGAAGGCAAGACUGCGAUUGGUGCGAAAAUCGGGACAGAUCCAUGCGAGCCUCCGCCAUUCGGAAUGCUCUCUCCACAUUUUUCUCUCCACAAGCCUUGGCGGGGUGAUGGGCUAUUGAAUUUGAGGGACAUAUGAGACUCCAUGCAGGCAUAGUAUUCAAGCAUGAAUUUAAGAGGCUAGCAUUCAUGGACAAUCCUACGGAUUGGGGAUCAUUGCCUUUCUUGCAUAACGCCCACGCGUUGGCAACGCUAGGAUAAAUGGAAAAAUGACUCGGGAGACUUUUUGAAAUGGCGCGAUCCUUUUUGUCUGCGACCAUAAAGCAAAGCUGCCUUGCCUAUUCUCUACGACUUUGCUCCAAGUUUUGUUGUUUUCAUUUGGCUAAUGAACCAUGAGACUCCCUCCUAAGUUAUACCAAUUUCUCGUUGCGGUAUUCGCCUCUCUUGGGUCACUUCUCUAUGGAUACGAUUUAGGCGUCAUAGCAGAAGCCAUUGCGUCCCACAAUUUCAUCAAUGUUUUCAACCCAACUUCUGCUGAGACUGGCGCGGUUGUGAGUGUGUUUACGGGUGGUGGCUUUUUUGGAGCCUUCUUCGCAGGACCUGCGGGUGAUCGAUUUGGUCGGAAAUGGACCAUCUUCAUUGGAGCGCUCAUUUUUUGCCUCGGCGGCGCUUUGCAGACUGGCGCACAAUCACUUAGCUACCUAUACGCAGGAAGAUGUCUUGCGGGCGUUGGCGUGGGCUUUUUAGUCAUGAUUGUCCCGAUGUACCAAGCUGAGCUCGUCCAUCCGGAUAUUCGUGGCCGCGUCACCGGUCUACAGCAGUUUAUGCUAGGAAUAGGUGCUCUUGCCGCCAGUUGGAUCUCCUAUGGUUGCUUCGUCGGCUUCCCAGACACAGACAGUAAACAAUGGAGAGUCAGCUUAGGUAUUCAGAUUAUACCGGCCGGCCUGCUUGCUUUGCUUAUCCUUCUCUUCCCGGAAUCUCCCCGUUGGCUCAUUGAUCACGGCCAUACAGAGGAAGGCUUGAAAACUCUUGCCAAAUUGCAUGCUCAUGGUAAUGAGCGUGACCCAUGGGUCCUUGCCGAGUAUUCCCAAAUAAGAGACACAAUUGAGUACGAACACGAGCACGAAGCAAAAUCAUACCGCGAGCUCUUCACAAAUAUGAGCAGCUUCCGCAGGCUCUGGCUCGCAACUGCUUUGCAGGCCAGUGUGCAAAUGACCGGUGUCAGUGCGAUUCAAUAUUAUUCAGUAACAAUAUACGGUCAGAUGGGUAUCAGUGGCGGCGAUACGCUCAAAUAUCAGGCUUACAAUUCAAUUAUCGCACUGGGUGCGCAGGCUCUCUGCAUGUUGGUCAUCGAUUACACAGGUCGCCGCUGGCCGCUCAUACUUGGAAAUCUUGGAAAUUGUAUCACCUUUGUCAUUGCAACGAUUCUACUUGCGAAGUAUCCCGCAGAUACGAAUGGUCCUAACACUCAUCACGCUGCAAGCUGGGCUUUUAUUGCUAUGACCUGGCUUUACAAUUUCUCGUUCUCGGCAACAUGUGGCCCGUUAAGCUGGAUCAUCCCUGCCGAAAUCUUCGACACUCGCACGCGUGCAAAAGGUGUCAGUAUUGCAACCAUGACUAGUUUCGCAUUCAACACAAUGAUUGGUCAAACCACAAGUACUGCUAUGAAGACUAUCAAGUACAGGUGGUAUUUUCUAUUCUGCGUUUGCAACUUUACAAACGCCGUGUUUUUCUGGGCGUUCAUGCCGGAAACCAAGAAGCGUCCUCUUGAGGAGAUGAAUUAUCUCUUUACCAAUGCGCCAUGGUUUGUACCAACGAUGAAGAUGCAAGAUUUCGAAUCCCAUGAUCUCGAACGCAGAGCAGAAGAAGCGCAGGAGAAAGGAAAUCUUGCACUGCGACGCGACAGUCUAUGACUGUGCCCGCAUAUUUCAAUUUGAGCCAUCUAGUUUCUCGUACUUUCCGAACGAAGUCAAGAUAUCGGGUCCUGAUAUCUAUAUAGCAGUAUGAC